AUGGAGAGCGGCACCAGCAGCCCUCCGUCCCCACAGUCGGACCUCCUGGAGGCGUUUCCCCAGAAGAGCCUGGAGCCAGGUGACAUUGCAGUGCUGGUCCUGUACUUCCUCUUUGUCCUGGCUGUUGGACUGUGGUCCACAGUGAAAACCAAAAGAGACACAGUGAAAGGCUACUUCUUGGCUGGCGGGGACAUGAUGUGGUGGCCAGUGGGUGCAUCCUUGUUUGCCAGCAAUAUUGGAAGUGGACAUUUCGUGGGCCUGGCAGGGUCGGGUGCUGCUACGGGCAUUUCUGUAGCUGCUUAUGAGUUUGUUGGCUUAUUUUCCGUGCUGAUUCUGGCCUGGGUCUUCCUGCCUAUUUACAUCGCUGGCCAGGUCACCACGAUGCCGGAAUACCUAAGGAAACGCUUUGGCGGCCACAGGAUCUCCAUCACCCUGGCCGUGCUCUACCUGUUUAUCUACAUCUUCACCAAGAUCUCGGUGGACAUGUAUGCGGGUGCCAUCUUUAUUCAGCAGUCUUUGCACCUGGAUCUAUACCUGUCCGUAAUUGGGCUUUUGGCCAUCACAGCUCUAUACACUGUUGCAGGUGGCCUGGCUGCUGUGAUCUACACAGAUGCUCUGCAGACUCUGAUCAUGCUUAUAGGAGCACUCACCUUGAUGGGCUACAGUUUUGCUGCAGUUGGCGGGAUGGAAGGACUGAAGGAGAAGUACUUCUUGGCCCUGGCUAGCAACCGGAGUGAGAACAGCAGCUGCGGGCUGCCCCGAGAAGAUUCCUUCCAUAUAUUCCGAGAUCCACUGACAUCUGAUCUCCCGUGGCCUGGGAUCCUAUUUGGCAUGACCAUCCCGUCCCUCUGGUACUGGUGUACUGAUCAGGUGAUUGUUCAGCGGACUCUGGCUGCCAAGAACCUGUCCCAUGCCAAGGGAGGCUCUCUGAUGGCUGCAUACCUGAAGGUGCUGCCCCUUUUCAUAAUGGUGUUCCCUGGUAUGGUCAGCCGUGUUCUCUUCCCAGAUCAAGUGGCUUGUGCAGAUCCAGAGAUCUGCCAGAUGAUCUGUAGCAAUCCCUCUGGCUGUUCUGACAUCGCAUACCCCAAACUUGUGCUGGAACUCCUGCCCACAGGGCUCCGAGGGCUCAUGAUGGCUGUGAUGGUGGCGGCGCUCAUGUCCUCCCUCACCUCCAUCUUUAACAGUGCCAGCACCAUCUUCACCAUGGACCUCUGGAAUCACAUCCGGCCUCGCGCAUCUGAGAAGGAGCUCAUGAUUGUGGGCAGGGUGUUUGUGUUGCUGCUGGUGCUGGUCUCGAUCCUCUGGAUCCCCGCGGUCCAGGCCAGCCAGGGCGGCCAACUCUUCAUUUACAUCCAGUCCAUCAGCUCCUACCUGCAGCCGCCUGUGGCUGUGGUCUUCAUCUUGGGGUGUUUCUGGAAGCGGACCAACGAGAAGGGUGCCUUCUUGGGCCUGAUCACAGGCCUACUCCUAGGCUUCAUUCGGCUGGUCCUGGACUUUAUUUAUGUGGAGCCUCGGUGUGACCAGCCAGAUGAGCGUCCGACUGUGGUGAAGAACGUCCACUACCUCUACUUCUCCAUGAUUCUGUCCGCAGCCACUCUGAUCACUGUGUCCAUUGUGAGCUGGUUCACAGAACCGCCCUCCAAGGAGAUGGUCAGUCGCCUGACCUGGUUUACUCGUCAUGACCCCGUGGUCCAGAAGGAACAGGUGCCACCAGCAAUGCCCUUGCGUCUUACUCUUUCUCAGAAUGGGACAUCAGAGGCCAGCAGCACCAGCAUCCAGUUCGAUAUCGUUCAAGAAAACACAUCCAAAACCCACAGCGGUGAUGUGACCCCAAAGAGGUCCAAAGUGGUGAAAGCCAUCUUGUGGCUCUGUGGAAUGGAAGGCAAGAGCAAGGGAGAGCCACCGAGCAGAGCAGAACCUGCCAUACUGUCCUUGGAAGAAAACCCCAUUGUGAAAAUGUUUCUCGACAUCAGCAGCAUCAUCUGCAUUAGCUGUGCCAUCUUUCUCUGGGGCUACUUUGCUUAA